AUCAGAACCCAAGGGAAAAAUAAUUAAUUGUAAUGAAUUUCAAAUUAAGAAGUAUUACAAAUGUUGGUUAAAAAAAUCAGUCAUACCAAGAACUUUGUAAUUAAAGGCUUUAUCUCCUUCCAGUACCUUCUUGUAUUCAUCUACAGAGAAAAGAAGCAUUUUUAGUACAUAAUUAAUUCUCGAAUAGCCAAAAAUCUGCACUGUGUAUUUGUAAACUGCGACGGUGGGAAAGUGUAAAUUAUGUUCAUUUUUAAACAGAUGACAUUUUGAACAGUAUUAAAUCUUCGUAAUAAUCUGAAAGUCAUUCUAAAAUAUAAUAGUUAGGCACAUCUGUCCAAACAGAUAUCAUGAGUGAAUGCUGUCGCUGGGAUCAUUUUGGGUUGAAGGAAGACAAAUUAUGCAUUAGUGUGAUUGUACAACUGCGAAUCAUCAUCAAACAGCCAACUGACUACCUCAUCCCCAUCAAAUUUACGGAUACUUUCGACAGUGUCGAUCAUGAAAUAACUCGUUUGAUUUACCAACACUGUUUAAUGCUGCAUAUUCUGAUGCAUCCCAUUCACCAUACAUAUAAUGAUGCCAAAUGCAAAAUAAUUCUCAACCAAAAUUUCCUUGAAUCACUUGAAGUUAGGACAAGGCCGUCUUCAUGCACCUUUAGUAUUCCUAUGGUACUGUUCUGGACUGAACCAUUCAAAAAAUCGUUGGAGGUGAGCAGCUCGAUGUUUCAUUCAGUAAAGUUGAAAACGAAUAACGGUAGUAAUUUCAUCAUGUAACUGAAUAACUGUGGAUUUAUUUAACCACUCGACAUUUGACAGAGAUAAAGUAGAAAUACGCAAUCAAAGUUUCAAAGUUAUAUAACUGAACUUGAGAAAUAUAUGGAUUAUACAUUAUAUUCGGAUUGUUAGAAUGAUGCAUGCUGUUUCACUAUAUCAUACAAGUAUUGAACAAGCUUAUGUUGAAGAGAACGUUGUAGAGAAUGUGGAUGAUGGAGGAAAUUGUUUCGCUACUGAAUACCACGUUACUUGUGAUUGAAUUGACCAGAAA